AUGCGUCUCCGCCUCUCACUAUCAAAGAAGCAAGAGAGUGUCCAGAAAAACCCGGAUCCCCAAGCUGAGAAAUCCGGCGAAAUGCCUACGGGCAACCCCAGAGAUGUUAAAUCAGGCCUGUUUUCCCGAAAACGAGAAAGGCAGAGCAAUGGAUCAUUCCGCGUCCUCGGCUUCUACACAUCGUCCGGGUCACCUCUCCCUCCACUCCCAGCUCACUGGUAUUCCAAACCCAACGUAUUGGAACCUCCCUCCAUCUGGCCUAGAGGCUGGUCGAGGACACCCUCUGUGAGAGACAAGGUGGUUCCUGGGAGUUCGAAAGUCUUGUUUCCUGGGUCCAAUAUCUUGCCCCGGGUCAUUGUUACGGCGGCAGAUUGA